CGGAAUGACAGUCAUGGAAUCGGACCGUUGUGACGACGAUUGGACUUUGAGCGGUCAAAGAUUGGAUCGAGAUGGUGGACAAGAGGAGGCCUCCUUCUCUUCGUGCGAGAUAUAUCAUCGGCUGGGUCACAGAUAUAUUGUGGUCGUCCUGCUGCGAGGAUCGUUUCGUUGGUUGCCACAUAGUGAAUCGGUCGUAGGUCGUCGAACAACGGAAGAGAAUGUCGUUCGAGCUUCGUACGCAACCGGCGGGACCGGAAGCUAAGGCCGUGGCCGAGAAAGAGCUUAGAGAGAUACCGGAGAACAUUCAGGAAGGGCUCGCUCAGUUAAAGAAAUACCUGGAGGAGGACAAGAAGCUCCAUUUCAAAACGGACGACGAUUUUCUGUUGAUUUUCCUUCGACCAUGCAAAUUCUACGCGAACAGCGCUUACGAGUUGAUGAAGAGGGUCGCCGAGUUCAAAGAGAAAAACGCAGUCCUCUUCGACAAUAUACUGCCCGCCGACGAGAAGGUGGCCAUUUUGGAGCACAAUGUGGUGAAUGUACUUAAAGGCACGGAUCAUAAAGGGCGAAGGGUGCUGUUUGUUAACUGCGGAAAGACUUGGGAUCCGUCCAAAGUCUGCGCCGAUCAGAUACUCCGGUUGCUCUAUUUAGUCCACUUAUUGGCUAUGCAAGAGCCAGAAACUCAGAUAUUCGGUACCGUCGUUAUAAUGGAUUACGAUGGUUUGUCUAUGAAACAAGUGAUGGGUCUCACGCCGUCUUUCAACAUGAAGCUGUUGACUUUCAUUCAGGACGCCAUGCCUUUGCGUUUAAAAGAGGUUCACAUUGUGAAGCAACCAUUCCUCUUCAACAUGAUAUGGCAAAUGUUCAAGCCACUCGUCAGGGAAAAAUUGAAAAGUCGUAUGUUCUUCCAUGGUACCAAAAUGUCAUCUCUUCAUCAAUACAUUCCAAAGAGUCACUUGCCGAAAAAUUAUGAUGGUGAUCUGCCGGAAAUGGAUUACACCAGUGCAGAUUGGUACCCUACUUUGCUGAAGCACGAGGACAAACUUAAGGAAUGGAGCACUUACGGAUUGCGGAAAAACCAGUAGAUUAAAGAAGAAAAUUCGAAAUAUCCAAAUUUUUCUUCGAAAUUUUUCCUUUUUGAUCACGCGCAGCCUUGUACAAAAUACUAUUAAGUACUUCACGAAUCGUUGUAUAUUUUUCCUAUUAAUUCUUGUAAUUAGUUGUAAUACUUUUGUACUAUCAGUUACUCUUCCUGUAUCUUAUAAAUGAUUUUCCGAAAA